AUGGCCGAUCUACGCGCCCUUGGUAAGAGUGAGCGACGUGUGCUGAAUACGCUGGAAGGACUGGAGAAUUUCGCGCGGAGAUACGAUCCCAGCCAGGACGAACCACAAAUUGCAGUGCGCCUGGAAUCCCUGGAGGCAAUCUGCAAGGAGUUUUACGCGAUUCGGCAACGAAUUGAGCUGCUAACGGACGAAACCGCUGAGGAUGAGGACGACAAGGAUGUCCAAGUGCGCGAAAAGGCCAACCUGGCGGCGCUUACCGAGUUCGAGGAGCGGUAUUUUCGUCUAAAGGCUAGUCUUACAUCGAAGCGAGCUCCCCCACCACCAAUCGCGACGACAUCCGGAAUCGGUCAACCUGGUGACCAGGAAUCCUCUUUUUCAAAGGUGAAGCUGCCAGAGAUUCGCCUUCCGUCGUUUGGUGGGAGGAUUAAGGAGUGGGUCCCGUUCCGAGACAGCUUUUGCAGCCUGAUCCAUGAGAACAAGCAACUCAACGACAUGGACAGGUUCAGCUAUUUGAAGUCGGCUCUUUCUGGAGAAGCGUUGCAAGAGAUCGAGUCUGUGGAGCUUUCAGCUGCAAACUACACCGUGGCUUGGAAGGCGCUGGAAUCUCGCUACGAGAAUAAGAAACUCAUAGUGAAGGCCCAUCUCGAUGCUCUUUUCGCCGUGGAAGGCAUGAAACGCGAAAGCUACGACGGAUUAAGCAACCUCAUCAGCGGGUUCGAGAAAAACCUCCAGAUGCUGCAGAAGAUUGGAGAAGACACUGCUGCGUGGAGCACAGUUCUGGCCUACAUGGUGUAUUCCCGGCUGGAUCCUGCCACGCUACGGCAGUGGGAAACGCACCACAACUCCAAAGACGUGCCAACGUACCAGAACAUGAUCGCUUUCCUACGCAGCCAUUGUGCAGUACUGCAAUCCGUCGCUCCCGUGAGUUCGAAGCCGAGCAGCUCCGACUAUCGCUCAUCGAAGCCAUCCGUUUGCCAUACCACCGUCAAACCGUCGAGGAAGUGCCCAUUCUGUGGAGAUUCGUGGCAUCCCGCCUUCGUCUGUGGAAAGUUUCAGCGGUUACAAGUUGCGGAGCGCCUCGAAGUUGUUUCCAAAGCAAGGCUGUGUCGGAACUGUCUUAGCCUUGGCCAUUGGGCCCGAUACUGCGACAAGGGAACCUGCCGUCACUGCCAGCAGAAGCACCACACUCUUCUGCAUGGAGCACCAAUCAGAUCCUCCGUUCCACAAUCGCAGUCAAAUCCUCCGACACAAACCAGACAACAGCCACAAUCCUCGCAACCAAGACCGAACCCGAGACCACAGACAUCAAACGCUAGCAACACUACACCCAGCAACUCUCAACGACCGAGCACUCAGUCACCAGCCACCAACACAGCCACAUCCACCACUCAAACACACAUUGCACUCCCAGUUACUCCCACACACAACAUUCUGCUCUCCACCGCCCUUGUGAGGGUCCAAGAUCGUCACGGCAAUACUAUGCUAGCACGAGCCCUGCUGGAUUCGUGUUCCCAGCACUGCCUGAUGACGAAAGAGUUCUCCAGCAGAAUGCAUUUCCACGCGUCGCCAUCACUUCUCUCCGUUCAAGGGAUCGGUUCGUCGAUCAGCACGUCGACGAAACUCGUCAGCGCUGUAGUUCGGCCAAGGUUGGAGGACAUGUCGGCUUUCUCGCAAGAGAUGCAUUUCAACGUUCUCCCGCGGCUGACUGUUUCGCUACCGACAGCCAGUUGUAGCAUCAGCGGAUGGAACCUUCCCGAAGCAGCCUUCCUCGCCGAUCCGCGUUUCCACGAACCAGGACCGGUAGACAUCAUAAUCGGAGCAGAGUAUUACAUGGACCUGCUUCGAAGCGAGCGACACAAGGCGACUGAAGAUGGACCUACGCUACAGAAUACUGAGUUUGGCUGGAUCGUCUCCGGCAAGAUACCCGAUCACCCUGUCGGUGGAUCGCCAUCCUUGACUUUCGUCUGCUCCACGAACGAUCUUCAAGACCAGCUCACGAAGUUCUGGGACCUAGAAACCUGUCAAAGUCACAGUACGCAGUCACUGGAAGAGUCAGCUUGCGAGGCGUACUUCAACCGUACAACCGUACGAGACGAGGCUGGCAGAUUCAUUGUGACCCUGCCGAAGAAGGAGAGUGUAAUCAGUCGACUAGGUUAUUCCGAGACAACAGCAAUCAAGCGACUGAUGGGAAUGGAAAGACGAUUCGCAGCUAAUCCCGAACUGAAAGCGAUGUACGCCGAGUUCAUUCGCGAAUACCUCGAGCUAGGGCACAUGAAGGAAGUGGAACAAGAUGCUGGAGAAGAAGUCAGGAGGUACUUUCUGCCGCACCACGCAGUUCUGAAACCGGACAGCACGACCACGAAGCUGCGAGUGGUUUUUGAUGCUUCGUGCCAGACGUCGACCGGCGUUUCCUUAAACGAUGCGUUGAUGGUCGGUCCCGUCGUCCAGGACGACCUGUCCAGCAUCUGUCUACGAUUUCGAACACACCGAAUAGCCGUGAACGCCGACAUUGCCAAGAUGUACCGUAUGAUCCGAGUCCAGCCCCAAGAUUACCCAUUGCAGAGCAUCAAGUGGCGGAACGAUCCAAGUGAACCGCUUCGAACGUACGAGUUGACUACUGUCACGUACGGCACCUCGUCCGCUCCAUACCUGGCUACAAAAUGCCUACAGCGUCUCGCUGAAGACCGAAAGGCGUCACACCCCGUAGCGUCCGAAGUCAUCGAGAAAGACUUCUACGUGGACGACAUGCUCACAGGAGUUGACACAGUUGACGAAGGUCGGCAGCUGGUGAAGGAAGUCAUCGAGCUGUCGGAUUCAGCGGUGAAACCCGUUACGAAAAUGGAACUCCAACAGCGCGGAGCUUCUCGAAGUCGUCCCGGAGAACUUGCGAGAUGA